CUCAAGAGCUGUGUUUUCCUGUUUGCAGGCCAUCUUUCCCGCUGUAAACACCGGCCAGAGUAGCUGAGCUCAGGAGUUACCGGCGGUACCGGACAGAGAGUCGCGGCUGAUGGCGGCUCCGGCGCGGAGCGAUCAUGUAGCGCUGCUGCUGGGAAACGUGCUGCACGUCUGGGGCGGAUUACAGUAUGCGAAUGGGGAAGAAGUUGUGUUACCUAGUGAUCAGAUCUGGCUCUACGAUCUUGAAAGUGGACUCUGGACUCGUAUGGGGAUGGGUGGAGAAUUGCCUCCUCUGCUUUCUCAGACAUGUGGCUCACUUCUCAGUGGUAUGCUUUAUGUUUUUGGAGGAAGAGACAGCGACACCUACACCAACCAGAUGUAUUGCGUAGACUUGCAAGAUGGAAAAUACAUGUGGAAGAAAUUGAGCACCUGUGCAGGAACCCCUCCCUCACCCAGAGACCGACACUCAUGCUGGGUCUACAAGGACAGGCUUAUCUAUUUUGGCGGAUAUGGAUGGAAAACAGUACAAGAUAUUAACAACUACAAAACCUUUACAAUUGAUGAGACAUCAUGGGUGAUGAAUGGCCGUGUGUUAUUCCGCUUUUGGGGUUGGAAUAAUGAGGUUCACGUAUAUGAACCCUACACAGCUACAUGGACUGAACCCCAAAUCCAGGGGCGGCCACCUGAACCAAGGGCUUCCCAUGCUAGUGCCAUUCUCGGCAGCAAGGGUUACAUCUGUGGCGGAUUGGAAACACAGAAUGUAGACAUCCACUGUUUAGACCUGGCCACAUGGACAUGGACACAAAUCGAGCCUUUGGGGCCUCUCCUCCCGAUUGGCCGCAAUCUGCACACACUCACGCCAACCUCACACAGCACGCUGUUUCUCUUCGGCGGCCUCAGCAUAUCCGGGCAGGUUCUCUAUGAUGGCUGGGAAUUUGACACUGUAACAAGAGAAUGGAGAGAGAGGCCACAUCCUCAUGAAGAUAAACCCAGGUUCUGGCACUCAGCAGUACAGGGGAUGGACAGUGAUGUGGUGGUUUAUGGAGGAUGCCGAGACUUUGUCUUAGUCAUGGAUUCGGUUAUGGUGCUCAGAUCUCCUUCGCAGAGUCACUGUGGAGAUGUGCUGGUGUUUCAGAGCCAGCCAUAUUCACUCACCAGAUUAUGUGAGGACUGCAUAGGCAAACAUGGAUCUGUUUUACAAGAAAAGAUGUCAUCUUUGCCACCCAAAGUUCAGAGGACUCUUCACAAGAGGAUGUCUUACUUCAAAACAGAAAUGCAGGAGCAAAAUGGUUAUGUAUGAGAUUAUGGACAGGAAUCUUACCCUUCAUAUCAGGUCAGGUAUAACGUUGCACGGAUUAUUUAUUUAUUUUUAGCUAUGGCCAAUAAAUUUUCUAUUUUGGUGAAAAUUGGUUGAUAAAUACCUUAUUGUCCUGAACCUUCAACAAAAAUUGAGAAUUGCUGACCUGUGUCUACUGCCAACCUUGGACAUCUGAGAAUUAGAACUGGACCACAGAGCAACAGAAGAAGGUGGCCGGUCUGAUGAAUAAUGUGCACAACUGUUUGUGUGUGCAUCUCUUUCCUAAGGAAGAGAAUUCUUCUAGGAAACCUUGGGUCCUGACAUUCAUGUGGAUAUUACAUUGACAUGUACCACCUACACAUAGUUGCAGCCCAAGUAUACCCCUUCAUGGCAAUGCCAGUGACAUGUCAGCAGAAUCAUACCCCCUGACAUACUGCAAAAAUUUUGAGGAACAUGACAAACAAUUCAAGGUGUUGAUUUGGCCUCCAAAUUCACUACAUAUCAAAUCAGUCAAUUCAAGUUCAAUCCAUGGAGGUCCCAUCUCACAACUUACAAGACUUAAAGGAUCUGCUGCCAAUGUUUUGGGGUUACAAAACACAGCACACCAUCACAGGUCUUGUGGAGUCCACACCUUGAAGGGUAGGAGCUGUUUUGGUAGCACAGGGGUAACCAAUGCAGUAUUAAGUAGGUGGCUUUUAUGUUACGGCUUCAUCUAGGCAUUUAGCAAAUGCCCUUAUCCAGAGCGACUUACAUUUUUAUCUUAUUAUUCAUCUGAGCAAUUGAGAGUUAAGGCCUUGCUUAAAGGCCCAACAGUGGCAACUUGGUGGUUGUGGGGAUCUUCUAAACCAUGGUUCAAUGCCUUAACCACUAUGCUACCCCUGUCCCCAUGGCUGAUUGGUGUAUGUUUAUUGAUUGACUUAAUAAUCAAUUGCAAUUAAGUGCAAUUUUAUUUUUUGCUAUACAAAAAUGUAUUAAAUAAUAUAGUAAUUCAUAUAAAAUGUGCCUUUAACAGCCUAUUAUUAUUGAAAUAUAGAGAUGUAAACUAGUUGUUUAUGCUUUAUGCAGCUUUUGUUUGAUAAAAGGGUGGACUUGUAUAUGAUAAUUUAAACAUUAUAAUCAAUGUGAGACGCUUGGGGUGGUUUAGA